GCUUUUAGUUUGUCUUCGUGCCCCAAGAAAAGCUAUACAAGGCAGCACAGUGCUGCCGUUUCCAUGUGAAAUUUGUUUGACGUGCUUUAUUUUACCUUUUUUCUAAAUGACAUGCUUGCCGCUUGAGUGCAGUCCAAAAAGAGGCUAACUAACAGCGACACACAACUCCACAGGAGAAUUCCGGCAGGAGAAUGCAUCUCCAGACCACGCACAAAACGGCUCAGCCCGAGGCAAGCCCCGCAAUGGACUCCACAAUCUCAACUGCAUCAUCCAGUGCCUCGGCAACUGCUGCCACACAUUGCGAUGUGCGGCAGUUCCACGGACUGAUCACCUGCGGCCUCUGCCAGGGCUACAUGAUCGAUCCCACCACAGUGGACUAUUGCUAUCACACAUAUUGCCGCAGUUGCAUAUUGAAGCAUCUGCUGCGCGUCGCCUACUGCCCGCAGUGCAAGGCCAGCGGCGGCAAGGAGAUCAGCGAGAUCAAUCUCAGAUCGGACGACAUACUGCGAUCUCUGAUCUAUAAGCUGGUGCCGGGCCUGUACAGACGAGAGUGCGACCAGCUGGUCGACUUCAAAGAGCAGCACCGAGAACUGCUGGAUGCGGACGACCAGCAGCCGGUGGCCGAGCCGGAGUUCUUCACGUCGGCGGAUCUUGUGAGCCUCUCCCUGGAGUACCAUCCCGCGAUGCUGGAGACGUGCGCGGCGGGCGAGGUGCCGCCGGUUAUCUACCUGCAGUGCCCCGCCGGCCUGAAGGUGGAGCUGCUGCGGCGCUUCCUCUGCUCCAAGUACAACAUCGAUGCGGACAACAAGCUGGUCGAGGUGGAGGUGACCUACGAGGACGAGGUGCUGCCCUCCAGCUUCACACUGAUGGACGUGGGCUAUUGCUACAAGUGGACUGGGCAUGCCCCGAUGGCCUUCUGCUACCGGAUUAUGGUGUACGAGAGCGAGCGAGCAAAAAAGGACGAGAACAAUCUGUCGAAGAGUAAUAGCCGGGACGUGGACAAUGGCCAGAAGGUGCGUCGCUCCAAGAGCGGCAAGUCGGUGACCUUCGCGGACGAAUUGGAAUCGGAGAUGGACUCGGCCCUGGUGUCGGGGUCACCGCGUGGCAAGGGGCGCAGCAACAAAUCCGCGAAAGCGUCGCCACCCCCCAAGGCCAAGCGGCUGGCGACGGCCAAGCGGGAGCUGGAGGACAGCUCCAGCUCCGGUUCGGUGAGCAGCUUCAAGAGUCUGCGGAGCAACGACAUGCGCUACAGCGACUACGCCGUGGCGCGCGUCAAGAGCGAACCUGAGGCCGAGCCCGAACCCCAGCCGGAACCGGAUGCCGCAGAGCAGCCCCGAGAGUCCGCCCUGCCGCCCCACAUGAACAUUGUGGUGAGCAUUCCGCCCUCGCAGCUCAGUGGCUACGUCGACGAGGGCGACUUUGAGCUGAAGACGGCCAACAAGAAGGGCAACCUGCCCAAGCUGAAGAUCGAGCUGAACAGCAUGAGGAGCAAGCUGUCCAUGCCGAUGUCCGCGGAGCCGCGCCUCGAGGACACCACCUCCUGCUCUGCGCAGCAGCUCGACCUGGAGACCUACGCGAAGAACAUCGGCCUCAAGCCCAUUGAACCCACCACCCACUCCAGCCACUCCAGCCACUCCGCCCCAGCGGUGGCUGCCGCAGCGGACAGCAAAUACAGUCCGAACGCCUCGCCCAUGUCCUCGUGCUCCACAUCCACGAAUGGCUCGGGGUCCGGUUCCAAUGGCCUGGGCACAGCAGAUGCCUCCGCAACCUCCAUUCCGAGCUGCAGCUCGGGGUCUGGCUCCCAUCGCAAGCGCAAGAAGAAGCACUCCAAGGAGCCGAAGGACGCGAACGGGAAGCGGAAGAAGCUGCACGCGGAGAUCUCCUCGCAGACCGAUGGCAAGAUGAAGGUGAAGAUCACCUCCAACCCCACCACCAACCACAAGGCGCACAAGCUGGACCUGAAGCGAUCCCACUCCCUGGCUGGCGGCGAACUGGGCCGGGGCCUGGACUCCGCCGUCUCCCUCUCCCACCUGAAGUUGGACGACGCGAGAGGCGCCACCAGCGAUGCGCUCAACCGGACGCUCGGCGAGGAGUCGCGCAGCAUCAGCAGCCUCAUGACCGGCGCUCCCACGCCGCCCCCCACGCCCACAGCGGAAACGGAAGCGACCAAGAUGGCGCUGGUGGCCAAGGAGCUCGCGCUGCCGGCAUCUCCACCGCUGCCGCCCAGCCUCUUCAAGGCCUUCACCCCAGCCACAGCCCCAGCCCCAGCACCAGCAACAGGUCCGAUCCGGACUCCAUCCCCGACGACAGCCGCUCCAGCGUCCAAGCCCAAGCAACAUCAGCAGCUGCAGCAGCAGCAGCAGCAGCAGCAGCAGCAGCAGCAACCGGCAAAGGCUGCCACAAAGCCGCCGCUGAGCAACAACAACAACCGGAAGCAGGCCCAGUUGGCGGCCCCCGGUGGACACUUUGUGGUGCCCCAACCGCCGCAGCACGCCAAUCGCAACAUGUACCACAUGCAGCGCUACCACUCCACACCCAGCUCCAUCGCCAGCUCGGCCAACAAGCAGCCGAAGCGCUCCGUCUCCGUGGACGAGUCCCUGGCCGGUGGCCAGGCCAAACAGGCGCGCCUGCAGCAGGUCCAGGCGAUGGCCAGCUACGCAGCUCGCUUCCAGAUGCAGGCCAACGGAAACGGGCCCAAGGUGGCCUCCGCCUCCUACCUGCCCAAUCCCCAGAUGCGGCUGUACGGCCCGGAAAUGGCCAAGCAGCAGGCGCUGCCCGUGCACUGUCCGGCCAGCAUCAGCAUGUCCCUGCCCAGCACCACCCUCAGCAGCGGCUCGGUGACCAUCACUCCCCGCGGGCGUCCCAGCCAGCAGAUGGCCUACUCCUUCCCAGAGCCAGCCAGCCACUUGCCCGCCCUGGAGAUUGUGCGCCUGGGUCCGGAGCAAGCCGGCGGCUGCGGGCCCAAACAGUCGCCCGCGAUGAUGACUGGCGGUCGGAUAAUGGGACCACCGGCGGCCAAGCAGAACCAGAACCAGAAUCAGAAUCAGGCUCAAAGCCAGGCCAAGGGCCAGGCCAAGAGGGCUGCUGUCCAGUCGCCGCCAAUGCCCAUGCCCAUGCCGAUGCCCAUGCCGAUGCCGCUGCCAAUGCCGAUUCCGGCGAUUGUCAAGUCACCGCCGCUGUCAGUGGCACUGAGUGGGCAACGUGGCAGCCACAACUACAACAACCACAAGAGCAACAACAGCAACAAGAACAACAAUGCGGCUUAUCGCGCAUCUCCGCCUGCAUUAAUAAAUCUGCGCAACACCGUUCCACUCCCGUUUCCAUCAAAGUCAAGCGCAAAGGCAGACGCCAAUUCAAAGAAAUCCCCGCCAGCAGCGGCAGCGGGAACUGUAGCUGGUUGCAUCGGAGGUGGUUCGACGAGCAGCAGCAACAGCAGCAACAGCAGCAGCAACAGCAGCAGUCAAAGCAAAACCAAUGGCACCACUGCAUUGGAUCCAUCGAAAACGGGUUUGCGCGAAUUUCGACCGCCGUUUGGCACAGCGUUGCCAGCAGCAGCAGCAGCAGCAGCCAAGGAUGCCGACAUACUUGAUUUAUCAGCGAACCCGGGUCGCGGCAGCAGCAACAGCAGCAGCAGCAGCAACAGCACCAAAUUGGCUGGGACAAACAGGGCGCCCACAUCCACAUCACCGCCUGCGUGCAACAGCAGCAACAGCCUGGAGGCAACCUUAAACAAAAUCAUACAGAACAUAUCCGCCAACAGCAACAGCAAUGGGAAUGGGAAUGGCAAUGGAGGAGGCUUAACCUCUGGGCCUACAGCGGCAGCAGCAGCAGCAGCAGCAACAACCACGGGAAACGGCACCACCACCAGCAGCAGCAGCAGCAGCAGCAGCAGUGGCACUGCCACAGCCAGUGGUACUGGCACUGGUACUGGCGAUGAUCUACAGAAUCUGCAUUUGCUCUCCGAAUCGGCGACGGCGCGCGAGAAGAUCUCGAUAAAGUCGGGCGGCAGCAACAUCUUCGAGAACAAGCCGAAGAAUGGGAAUGCAGUGGUGCGGCCACAGAACGCCUCGGUGCGGAGCAUACCCAAUCCAUCCGCACUGGCCUUUCGCAAUCAGACAACGCUUCCAGCAGCAGCUCCAGCAGCAGCCGCAGCAUCUAUGGCCAGUGCAAUCACGAAACCACUGACGGUGAAGGCCGAGGAGAAGCCCAAGAUGUCAACCACCGCGCCGGGCCUGCUCAGUCCCACUGGCAGCACUGGCAGCAGCCACAGCAGCUCUGGAUGCAGUGCAGCAGCCACCUCGCCGCGUGCCCUGACCAAGAAACCGACGACGAUCGAUCAAGUGGCGGCCAAUUUGAAUAUUCGUGCCGAGGCCAAAGCCGCUGCUCUGGCCGAGGAGGCUCCCCUGGUGCUCACCACAAGCUCCUCCAAGUCACCGGAGCUGGCCAAGACGACAGCGACAGCGGCGGUCACAGUGCCAGCAACAACAACAACCACAACAACAACAACACCAGCCACAGCCCAGCCCGAAAUCGCAAUCGGCCCGAAGACAGAGUCGACCAAGGAGACGACAAUCACCGUCUCGGCGGCCAGCACUCUCCUGCCCAUGCCAGCAGCGGCGGGCCUCGUGGGCCAGUCCGAGGCCCUGCCCAAGCCGCCCGUACAGAUCGCCGCGACGGACACCCUGGCUCCGGUGGCGAGUUCCGCUUAGUCACAAGCUUUUCUGUGGCUGUGCGGAACGCAAAUGUAUCUUGUGGCGCCUCUGGAGAACCUACAAAACAACAGCAGCAACAACAGCAACAACAACAACAACAACAACAGCAACAGCAAUGACAACAACUGAGAAGGACAGAGACUGAGACACCUGUGUCUGUCGCCUGUCGUCUGUCCUCGCUCCCGAAAAGAAAAGUGCAAUUUGUGUGAAAUCAGUUAACUUGAAAUAGACGAGAUUCGUAAAGCCUUACAACCGACCCGAAAUAUCCUCAAUAGAAAGCAAUAUAGAAUAGAUUAGAGAUCAAACCGAAUCGUUUUCAUAGCCAAGCAAAUAUUUUGACAUUGUAUUAAGUGGAUGCCACUAAGCUAAUAAAUAUUCCAUAAUAGGCAGCAAGUAAAAUGUUAAAAAAUAUCGUAAAUAAAUUAAUCAAACAAGCGAAAAAGAACAGACAAAAAAAAGAAGAAGAGAAGAGAAGUUAGGCAAAAAGCACAAAGCAGCAACGAAUUAAUUAUAAAAUAUCAACAAGAACCUGAGAUAAGGUCGCGUACGGGUAACGAUUUUGAUGGAUCUUUUUGGGUUUUCGCUUUAUUUUUGGGGGAAAGUCCAGCCAGAACAGAACCCCACUACGAACCACACUAGAAGUAGCCGAUAGAGAGAGACUUUUUUUAAUUUAAAAUAGGAUUAUAGAAUGGCGAUGCCUGAUAGGGGACGCCUGAAUGUUAGGGGAAAAGUGUAAUCGCAUCAAGAAUAUUUGAUUAUGGCAAGUGUUGCGCUGUGUCUGUGCCCUCCUCUCACCCUCUCACACUUGCGCCUUGCCACCAGUGCGGCGUGGAGAAUGUGCUACGAAGUGUGAAGUUGUGGUUUCGAUGGCAUGGUGGUGGUGGAGUCAAAAAUGUGCUGUCCGGAUGGAACGGAUAGAACAGCACUUACAGAACCCAUAAAGAAGAUGAAGAGAACACA